UUGAAAAUUUAAAUCCCUUCUUCCUUGAGACUGAAAAAUUAAUAAUUCAAACUAAGAGAAUAAAAAGUUAUUCAACAGAAAGUUUUAGAAAUUAUGGAAUCUGCUAGAGUACUGAACUUAAAUAGAAUCGCUGCUACAGAUUCAUUGGGUUUUACACCCAUAAAACCGAGACUACGAAGAUUUGUGGAUGUUUAUUCUCCAGAACAUCUGAAUUUGACGCCUAAGCCUAAACAGAAGCUUGAUUUGGUAUCCAAUGUUGGUAAAUUGUAUUCAACGCCCGAUAAACCCUUAAGCAUUGAUAAAGAAUGCAGGACAGUCAAAGCUCAUCCAAAUGUUUGCAAUGCCUGGGGGAAUUGUUCUUUUGAAGGAAAUCAAAGCUUUCCAAGAUUAAGUAGAAAACUAAGGCCUUUAAGAAUGGAUCUUGAGACUCCAACGAAAGCAAAGCCAGCUGUGGAUUUAGUUAGAGUUGAUGGGCCAAAUGGAUUGCGUUUCAAUAGCUCCUUGGCAACUGGAGAUGCAGCAUCCACGCCUACGCAGAUGGACAGAUUGCAGCAAUCUAUCAACCAUAGUAAAGCAGUCUUCACCAUUGAACCAAACACUUCAAAGAUUCUCAUUGUAAACAACAAGGCUUGCUCUCUACUGGGUUACUCUUCCGGGGAAUUAUGUGACCUAAGAUUCUCAGAUCUUCUGAGGAAGAGGAAUAGCAAGGCUUUUAGCAUUCAUGAGGCAGAAGAUGGUGAUAUCUCGGAAGAUGGUACAAUGAUUUUGUUAAGUGGCAAGGUUGUAGAAUUGCUGACGAAGGACGGCAGUUCAGUUCAAGUGUCUCUCUGGAUACGACAAUUAGACAGUGAUGGUCCCUGUCUGGUGGUUGCUGAGCCUAUUAUCUGUAAAAAUGUUGUGCUGACUAUAGACGGAGAUGGUAUAAUAACAUCCUGCGAGGGAGAAGAUGGAGCUUUGUUGUUCCAAGCUGAAUCAUCGGACAAGCUCAUAGGCCUCCCGGUCUCAUCUUUGAUACCUUCCAUACAUCUUCCACAUGACGUUCCCAUGUCUAAGAGUGUUUCAAAGCAGAAGGCCACAGGUAGGACCCUUGACGGUGGCUCAUUCCCACUGUGUCUUUGGAUAUCAAAGGCCCAUGUGGAAAACACGUGGUCGUCGUUGAAGACAAAAGACAAACCUGCUAAUAAAGAGAAGCCUGUAUUUAUAGUGAAUGUCAGGAUAACAUAUAACGUAAGCGGACUUCUUGUUGUCGACGAGAGCGGAGUGAUAACAGCAUGCAACCAACACUUUGCCAUGUUGACCUUCGGCAAAGCACAGUCAGAGGUGAUAGGUCAUCAAAUAGAAGAUGUCAUACAGAACUUCUGUCGGGAAUCCGAUCUGGUGAAGAUUCAAGACAGGAAUAGAAAUAUGACUCUAUCACCAGUCAACAAUGAUAACAAUGAUUCGGCUUCAGAAACCGGUGAGGACUCGUGUGGAGCGUUCAACGGAAGUCAGAAAUCUGCAUGCACAUCCCUAAAUGUACAACAGUCGAUGUUAUCGACAACUAGAGAGAAAUCCUCUAGCGCGCUGUGCCUCGACAAGUCAUACAGCAUGGUGACACACACACCGACGCCCACACAGGAUAUGGUGUCAAGCAUAAGCACGACGGAGCAGAGGAAUGAUAUAUCAGCCCUCCCAGACGUCACUUCCGGCAUGUCAGGAAUUUCCAUAGACGAUGAAAACUACUGCCAAAGCAGCAUAUCCAAAUCGAGGUCCGAGAACAUCCUUCGAUCUGAACAGGCUAAUGUAAAGCAGUCGCCCAAAGUCAAUGAGAAAUCUGACUCGAUUUAUUACACCUCCCAACACUCCCAGGAGGUCACGCCGACGGGAAACUCAUCCAGAACUAGAUUAAAUGACACGUCACUAAGACUAUCGUUCGAUUUCACUAAAUGUAAAACAAUCAAAGUCAAAGAGGACAAAAGCAGUGCGUCCCUAGAUUUUUGUGACUCCAACGAGACGAGCGCUGAUUUCUUGACCCCCAUCAACGAAAUGCCGCCACCGGGCUGUGAAAUUGAGGAUUUACCGAAACAUAACGGAAAUGACGAGAGCAUGGACAGUUUAAGCAAUGACAAUGAUCUGGAAACACAGACGGAAUCCGCACCCAGGAGGAAGUUUGACGACGAGCCAGAGACUCCUUGUAUGACGAAGCGCCUGGUCCGCGCCCACGUGACUUCGACUCCGGCACAAUCACGCCGCGACCUGGACGACUGGCGCCGCGCUGACGGCACAUACAGCAGCAUUGUGCGGCACAAGGACGGCACUGAGCUCAACGUAGUGUACACGGUGUCCAGUAUGCAGCUGUCAUCUCGUCGUAUCGUGAGGUGUGUGUGGCUCGGAGUGAGGGCGCACGAGCCGCGACAUACAACACUCGCCUCCAGCCUCGCCUCCACGCUGGCGUCAACUGCUGAUAACUCACUGGUCGCGGGUAACAAGUCAGCGAGCAGCAGACAUCAAUCCGUGUCUCUGAUGAGCCAGUGUGGCGAAGAACAAAUUGCGGGGGAGUACACCAAGCAUUACGUCACUCUUAAACAAAUAGGUAAAGGAGCUUAUGGGUGUGUCAAAAUGGCGUACCGAAGAUCAGAUAGAUUACUAGCUGUUGCAAAAUUCAUUUUAAAGGAAAAGGUUGGAGCUGCAUUCUGGAGCGACGCUCCUGACGGGAGGAGGGUGCCGCUAGAACUAAGCCUGUUGAUGACCCUCUCUCAUCCUAAUAUAGUGUCCGUCAUAGAUGUGUUCGAAAACGACAAAUACUUCCAGAUGGUAAUGGAAAAGCAUGGAGCCGGUAUGGACCUGUUUGAGUUUAUAGAACGGCGACCGAGGAUGGAUGAACCGCUCGUCAGUUAUAUAUUCAGACAGAUAGGCCAGGCGGUGGAAUAUCUUCAUUCCCUUAACAUCCUCCAUCGUGACAUCAAGGACGAAAACGUCAUAAUUGACAACAAGUUUCACGUGAAACUCAUCGACUUCGGCUCAGCCACGUUCAUGAGUAAAGAUACUCUGUUUUCAACAUUCUACGGAACCACGGAAUAUUGCAGCCCGGAAGUACUCGCUGGGAACAAAUACGCGGGUCCAGAGUUAGAGAUGUGGUCGAUGGGUAUCACGCUGUACGUGCUCACAUUUUUCGUGAACCCUUUCUCGGAUAUUGAAGACACCAUUCAGGGACCUCUCACCUUUCCUCAGAUUGUGUCAGAGGACCUGGAACAGCUGUUACGUCGCAUGCUCUGCAAGGAGCCAGGAGCUCGCUGCACAGUGCCACAGCUGAUGGCACACCCCUGGAUUCGACAACCUGUAAAUCUCGCCUCAUACAACUUCCAGGAGAUCGUGGAUUGUGAUCGUCAUGAAGCAAAUCCCGAGAUGUAUUUCAGCGGCAGUCUAGAAUCUCCGAGAAGUAACUCUCCCGUAUCCUUAGCCGAUCCUCUCGCUAAAGAGCGGUCGAUGCGUUCGGAGGCGGAAGCGGCAGGAAGGUCGGAGAAGGUGUCUAAAUCAGACGCGCGCCGUCCAGCACACCAGCUGUCCGACAACUACAGCCUGCGAUCGUCCGCUGACAUACUAGAUAUAUCUUCGAAGCCGGUGUCGGAGGCGGCAUUGACGGAUAUAAGUUCAGACGCGACCGGCCACGCGGCCUGCGACAUCGACUACGACUGUGACCAGUACGAGUGCGACAGCUGGGAUGAGUGCGAGCAGGACAGCUUCUCAUAGACUCUACAAGUGCGAGCGAGACGACAAUACAUACGACGGGGUUGGAAUUGAGGGUGUCAAAUGUCUUGCAUGUAUCAUAGUAACGGUCGUUGAUAACUGAUCGCAAGGAUUAGUACCAAGAUAUUUCUCAUAGACUUUACAAUUGCGAGCGAGACGACAAUAUAUACGGCAGUGUUAGAAUUGAGGGUUUUAAGUGUCUUGAAUGUAUUAUAUUGGCUUAAAUAUGUAGUCCCUGCUAAUUGAUUGUAUGAAUUGUUACGAAGAUGUCUUCUCAUAGACUUUAAACGAGUGCGAGCGAGAUGACAAUACAUAUGGGCCAUAUAUGUCAGUGUUGGAAUUGAGGGUGCCAAGUGUCUUGACUGUAGUAUAUUGCCUUUAACAGUCUUUAUGCUAAUAGUUCGCAAAAAUUAUUACCGAGCUACUUUAAUUAACGCUUUGUAUGUAAUUAUCAUAAAUAUCCUAAGUUUUUUGCAAUAAUCUCACUUAAAGGCACCUUAAAUAAAUUUCGUUCCUAAAACUCCGCCCUUUUAGCUAGGCAAGUUUUUAACCUUUAAUAUAUUUUUUGUAUUAUUACGUCAUUAUCGACACGUAAUAAUUUGCAGGCGUUUUAAAUUGUACCUCAGCGUCUAGGCACUACAGGUUAGGAAGACGUUACUAGAAUGCGAGAAGCAUAACAGUGAAAAAUAUUAAAAUACCUAACAAGACCUUACAUCAGUACUAUAAAGAUUUUUAAACAAUGGUUGUGCAUUUUUUAAAUAUAGUAUCGAACAAUAAAACUAAAUUUACAAUGUCAUUUCAACUUUCUAUUCUGUGACAUACAUAGAUUAUAUAAUGACAAAAAGAGAUUUGAAGUUUUGCCUCUGUGUUUGAAGAUAAAAGGGAAGCUGAGUAAUAUUUUAGGAUUAAAGCACUCUCCCACCAUGCAUUCCAUUAAAUUAAUAAUAUUCUUCAUAUGAAACUUGACUUUGCAUAUAUUUUAACUGCCAUGACAGGGCUCGUCCGGAUUAAAUGUAUGUGCUCACCUUCAAACCUAAUAAAAAAAAUUAUCUCAACAGUCACAUAAGGUCUAAAUAGGGACAUUUUCAGUAGCACCAAAUAGUAUGCUUCAAUCUUAAUAGUAUAAUAAGUCAAAGACAAUAGCUGAAUUUAUUCUUCCACUGUUACAAUUUUUAAUAGAAUUAGGCCAUGCCUUCAAAAUACACCGGCUUGUAGGUUAUUAAUGUAGAUAUAAAGUAAUUAAUUAAUAAGUCAGAUUCUUAUGAUUAGAACAUUCAGUAUUAGUGCUACGGAUUAGUAUUUUCUUAUGUAGGUAAAAGAACCAAAACUGUUUUUCAUAGUAAGAUCUAAGACUUUCGCGAGUUUUAUUCAUUUAAAAGAAACUAAUAUUUUUCGGAUAUAGUACGCGUGAUUUAUUUUUGUAAAAAACUACAUGCUCCCGACGUUUCGGUUACUUUACAGCGACCGUGAUCGCGGGCAGACGAGAUGUGAGUGUAUGUCAGUUGGUCCUGUUAUUUAUCAUCUACCGCCAACGAUUUCUUAAUUUUCUGGCGUACCGCUGUGGAUGCCGGCAGAAUGUGGUUACGGUGUCUCGAGGUCCUGCGGUGUGGUUACCGACAUGAGAUUUUAUAUUUUUAAGAAGGGGGUCCCAGGUGUUUGAUAGAUUGCAGCCAUCUUCUCUAUUGAAAUUGUCAUUUUUUUUUAAUACAUUAGCGAGGAUUUGUGGUUUAUCAAACCGAAUGUAGUGGCCUGGUUUGUCCAUUGUGUGUUCACACACUGCUGACUUCAACGCGCGCCUGUUUUUGAUGUCUGAGAUGUGUUCUUUAACCCUAGUACCGACGCUCCUCUUCGUCUGUCCAAUGUAUGACAAGCCACAGUCACAAUCGAGUUUGUAUACACCCGCUUGUUGCAAAGGAAUGUUACUCUUGAUAGGUCUCAAGAAUUGGCUCACUUUCUUAUGUGGUUUGUGAAUAGUCUUGAUGGAAAGCUUCUUCAAAAUGUUGCCUAUUCUGUCAGUAACUCCCUUCACAUAUGGUAGUAUAGCAGGUUGUAGUUCAAAUGUGGGUGGCUUCAAGUGGUUCUUGCAUAUAAACAGUAUAACAGGACCAACUGACAUACACUCACAUCUCGUCUACCCGUGAUCACGGUCGCUGAAAAGUAACGAAAACGUCGGGAGUAUGUAGUUUUUUUACAAAAAUAAAGCACGCGUAGUUUAUCCGAAAAAAUAUUAGUUUCAUUUAAACAAAACUGUUUUUUUUUUUGAGAUAUGAGCUGUAGAUAUCUUGAGGUAAAUAUUACAUAUCAGUUGGGUUCAAUGUUUGUAGAUGUUUAUUGUAUAGACUGUGUCCACAAAUAUAUCCCUAUGUUAAGAAUUAUUUUAUUACUUAAAAAUUUGUGUCUAUGUUUAAGUUUCCCAAGAAGCAAGUUUAAGAGGCUAUUUUUUUUUAUACAUCGUCUACGUUUUACGAGAGAAAUAGAGGAAUAACAAACAAGCAUUAUAUUUUUUUUAUUGUUUUCACAUAUAUGUCAAAAUUUUAUAAAAUGUCCUUAUUUUUGAUUAUUGUCUGUAACUCGGUCGAGAAUUUGAAACAAAUGGAAAAUAAAAUGCUUCGUCUAUUGUAUGUUAGGAUUAGACAUUUUUUUUUAAAUGCAUAUUUUUUAUUCUAAUUUCACAACAUACAACCCGAUUUUGAUUACUAUUAUUAUUUUAUUUCACUGUUUUAGUUAGUACUACUAAAAAUGGUGACAACUGGGAACAUUAAAUGUGGACACUAGAAAAAGACAAUUGUUUUGUAGUUAACAACGUAGAUUUAACACAUAAUAUACAGAUUAAAAACCUUACAAAACUUAUGAGAAGUUAGCCAAAAAACUGCUUUAGUAAUCUUAGCUCACACGUUAUAUUUAUUUAGACUUCUAAAUAUGUGAAGGCUAACUGAGUCAUCUUAGAAAUAUUAUUAAAUCAAUAGUUCAAUUAAUCAACACUUUAAUAAGUGCCGCCUUCAGUGCUUAUUAAAGUGAAAACUAUAUUUUUGUAGUAUUUAUUAUGAUUUUUAGUUAAAUGUGGCUUGUGUCACACGUCCGUUUAAUGACUAGUGCCUUACGGCGGGCGGCAGGUUGCGUUGCUCUUGGCGGAUGUUGUGGCUAUUUGUCGUAAUAAAACAUUAAUAUUA